UGCGUCUCUCUCUGUGGUCCUACUGCCCUGAUUAUAAUAUUCUGAAGUGCCAUCUUUUUGAGCGACUCCUAACAAAAUUUGAAGUAGCCCUGCUCAGAACACCACUGGAUCUAGAUUUCUUGGAGUUUGUGUGCCGCCAGGAGUUGUAUCUUCUGCAAGCACUGUCUAGACAUGUGGAUGUGUCCCCUGAAAUCUUGCAAGCUCUGGAGGAGGUCUUCACAAUGGUCAGGCAACAAUCUGACUUCACAGCCCCAUGUACAACUGUGGAAUCUGUUCCUGGUCUAAGAGGACGUCCAAAAUUAGAAAUUAAGAGGGAACAGAUAGUUGAGAUGCUUCAGACAAAUCUUCCUGUGUCCCAAAUUGCCAGAAUAGUAGGCGUUUCAACCAGCACGUUCUUUAGAAGGAUGAAAGAAUUUGACCUAUCAAUAUCAGAAAGCUACAGCCCUAUUAGUGAUGAAGAACUGGACACCAUUGUGACAAACAUUAAAAAUGGCAUGCCAGCUGCUGGGUACCGAAUGGUCAGAGGAAGACUGCUGUCUAUGGGCAUCCGUGUGCAAUGGAGAAGAAUUGCGUCAUCUAUGCACAGAGUGGAUUCUGUUGGGAUACUGUGUAGAUUGGCAAGGUUGGGCGGUGUGGUUCGAACCACAUAUUCUGUUCCAGGGCCCCUAUCACUUAUGCAUGUUGACACCAAUCAUAAACUGAUAAGAUACAACAUUGUAAUAUUUGGCGGUGUGGAUGGAUAUUCCCGGAAGGUCAUGUACUUGAGUGCAGCAACAAAUAAUCGAGCAUCAACAGCCUACCAUUUCUUCUGUCAGGCCACUCAGAAGUAUGGUGUACCUUCAAGGGUCAGAGGUGACCAAGGAGUAGAGAACGUUGAUAUUGCCAGAUUUAUGUUCUCUACUCGUGGAACUGACAGAGGAAGCUUCAUCUCUGGUAAAAGUGUACAUAAUCAGAGGAUUGAGAGACUGUGGUGUGAUGUUCGGGUGAUUGUCACCAAUAAGUACUACAGCACACUGCGCUCUCUAGAGGUGAACGGACUCCUUGACAUAUCAGCAACUGAAGAUCUCUUCAGUGUGCACUACACAUUCCUUCCAAGACUCCAAGGAGAACUGGACAUUUUUGCUGAAGCCUGGAACAAUCAUCCUCUCCGAACUGAAGGCAAUCACAGUCCGGAGCAGCUGUGGCGAAUUGGCAUGUUGCACACAACCAUACACCAGCCAGAGGACAUUCAAGAGCCAGAUGUAGACUGGGACAUGGCAGCUCUUUAUGGUGAAGAAGAUGCUGAUGUGGGGGUAAUUGUUCCAGAGUUCAACUGUCCAUUACCUCAAGAGGAUAUGAGGGAGCUCCAAUCCUUGAUUGAUGCAACUGACACCAACAUUCCUGUAACAGAACAGUACAUGCUGUGUCGUGAGUUUGUGUCAGGACAUUGUGCACAGUGAAAGUCAUAGCUGUAUGCGUUCACUGGUUGAGUUUUUAUUGCUGGCACCAUGUCACAACAGCAGAGACAGUAAAAAUUUUAAAUUUAAUUUUUGUUUUUGAAUCAAAAACAGAGAAAAGUGACUGAAAUAAUUGUACAGUUUUGCAACAGUAAUAUCUUCUGAAUUCCAUAAAUGACUAAAUAAACACUAUGAAAACAUCAA